CAAAUACUCUCUAACAAUAAAAUAGCUCAUUUAACGUUUUUCUCAGUAAUACUUAAUUGAAAAUAAUUAUAAGUAGUGGAAGUUAUCACAGCCAGACAAUUUAAUAGUGUGCAAAGUUCGGUUCUGAAACUUUAUGUGAAUAUAUAUUAUUUAUAGAAGUUUUGUAUCGGCGAGAAAUAUGUUAUCUUCUGAUAUUAAACCUAAUCUGGUCAUUGUUAUGACUUAUGACAAAUAUUUGUUAACUGCAAUAAAAUAAUAUAAAAUAUAAAUAUUAUGACUUGAAGCGUGUCUCAUGAUAACCGUGUGCAUAUGAGAUUAUGAUAAUUACCUGAUUUGAUAAGAUUCUUUUCUGGUUACACCAAAAAUUUAGUUCCGGUUUACCUCGGUGCGGUCUGACACACGGUUAUCAAUUCUACAUAUGAUUUUAUUUGUAAUACAGUCAGGGACGUUAUCUGUUAUCGGAAAAUCGAUCGAUCACCAAUUGAUGAACGCACAUUAGGUGUCCAAUGGCGCGGAAGCAUUUUUUAAAAUAUCGUUCUGAAAAUAUAUCAUCGAUAUCAAUAGCCCCUGAAAAUAUUAUCGAUGCGUUGUUUCCUAUAGUGAUAUAUUCUUAUCAGGCAGUACGAUUAUUAGAGAUACUACCGACUUAGUGUAAGUUUGGUAAUGGUAAAAGAAACACGUUUUUGGGAAAGUUUAUGUUCAAGGUCUAAAUUGACGGAAGAAUCAUCAGUGGUGCUAAAAGUGCUUCAAAAUGGCGGCCAAAGUUUAUAUCGGCUUGCUAAUAUAUUUGAUAUAUUCAAUCAGUGACACUGGUGCAGAAUGGAGUUCACCACCCUUCCUCGCACCUGAUCCAUUGGAUGAAGCAGUAGAAUUUUUUGGCUUCAAUGAGGCUGCUUCACAAACGAACAUACUACUCGAAGAAGAACUUGAUUACAAUGUCAGCAUUGCCGUGAUCAAUUACUCAGGUUCAAUGACUCCCACAAUUGGCACUUUUGAAGACAACAAAAGUAAUUUGAUCCUCGGUGCCGUUUUCGAGCAAAACGCUGAUACUGGAUUAUGGGAGGUGAUUAUCACAAAUAGACAGGAUUACGAAACCGCUAUAAUGCAGACCUAUAGAUUUCACAUAGUGAUUGGAUCAGAGCAAAAUAAAAUUGCACUUAAUAUUGUCAACAUAGACGAUAACGCGCCAGUUAUUCAGGCUAAUGAACGUAGUUGUUCGGUAGAGGAAAAUUAUGAAGGCCCUAUGAAUUGCACGUUUACCAUUAGCGAUGCUGACGGUUGGAUUACUCAAGUUACAUUUGGUAUCACUUCAACGCCAACAAGCGGUAGUGACCAUUUUGAAGUAAUUCCUGAUUACAUCGAUGGCACUGAAUAUCAAAUGAAUGGUUAUCUGAACGUUACUAAUAGUUUGGAUUACGAAACAAUCGCUAUGUAUAUGCUGGUAAUAAAAGCCACGGACGGUGGAGGUAACGAAGGUUCUCUCACAAUUGUCAUUGAGGUUAUUGAUAUGCCUGAUGAACCACCAAUGUGGACGAGUAUCAUAUCUGCGGAAAAUAUUUUAGAAAAAUCGACAAAUACAUUCAGCGUCUCGGCUAUCGACGGUGAUAUUGGAAUCAAUGCAGAAAUUAAUUACAGAAUUAUAACUACGGAAGUGCGCGAUGAGCAAUACUUCGUAGUUAAUAAAACAUCAGGGGUCAUCACAAUCAAUCCGAUAGAUCGAGAUGCUCUGGCACAAGAAAUUUUUCGAUUCUUAAUAGUCGCGUACGAAGCCGAAGACGAAGAAUCUGCUAUUAACUCAACCGUCAUUAUAAUCGUCGAAGAUAUCAACGACCACAGUCCAGAAGUAUCACCCACUGAACUGGCCAUAGAAAUAUUGGAAGAAACUUUCAUGAAACUUGAAUUUGAUGAUUCUAUAGUGAUUACAGAUCCAGACCUUGCAGAGCAUGCUCAAUACACGGUAGACUUGACUGAUGAUUCUGAGCAUGAUUGGAGCUCAGCAUUUUUGGUAAUUCCUACAAGCGGUUAUCAGCGUGGAACUUUCACGAUUUCAGUGAUUAAUGCUUCUCGGUUGGAUUACGAAAAUGAAGAUUGGAGAAAUAUAACGUUUCGGAUAGUAGCUACCGAACUGGCAAAUACGUCACACGUUGGUAUACGCGAUAUAAAUGUCCAAUUAAUUAAUUGGAAUGACGAGGUGCCAAUUUUUAAAAAUGAUACAGUGGAAGUUGAAGUACCGGAAGAUGUUGAAAUGGGAUACCUCAUAGAGACAAUGCUGGCAACAGAUCGUGACGUAGAUGACAAUGUCACGCAUUCUUUAACGUAUCAGCGUACGUUAACGAUCGAUCCGGUUACUGGAGACGUAACUACUACGCAAGAUGACGCUUUGGAUUACGAGACGAUGCCAAUUGUCGUUGCGCAAGUUGUUGCUACUGAUUUGGCAUCACAUAAGACUUAUGCGACAUUGACUAUACACGUGAUAGACGUUAAUGACGUUCCACCGUCUUUAUACAUGCCAAGUUCAUUCCCAACUCUUGAAGAAGAGGUGGACAAUGGUACAGUCGUGGACACUUUUAUUUACGCGACAGAUCCUGACACCGAAGCCUAUCUUGUUUUCAGUAUCGAUUGGGAUAGUUCCAGUGCUUAUAAAUCUAAUAUUAUUGUUGAUGAAUCUUAUUAUCGUGGGCACCUUGAGAUCGAAACUUCUUAUCCCGAAAAUCAUACUCUUUAUGCCGAAGCUACUUUGGUAGUCAGUGGAAGGAUCGAUUACGAGGCAUUCGAUCUUAUGUAUAUCACUAUAGUUGUUACAGAUUUGACAACUGUUCACAACGCCAAUUCUACGUCAUCAAGACUGACCUUGUAUAUUUCUGAUAUAAAUGACAAUGCUCCUGUAUUCCAAGCUUAUGAUGAGAUGAUGGUUAGCGAAAAUCAAAUAUCUGACAUUCUGAUAGGAAGUAUCACUGCUACUGAUGCUGAUGGUCCAGGAAACAAUGAAGUUGUCUAUUAUAUAGAACCAACUAAUGGUACCCAGAGUAAUUUGGUGUACAUCAACACUAAUACGGGAGUCAUCAGGGUUGAUGAAGAUCGUGCAAUUGAUGCUGAAGUCUACGAAUAUCUGUACUAUAAUGUAAUAGCAAGUGAUGGUGUUUGGAAUACAACUGAAAUGAUUGAGAUAUACGUCAUUGAUCAAAACGACGAAGAACCAUAUCUACUUUCACAUUUGUUUGAAUCCACAUUAUAUAUCAGAGAAAAAUCUGAAACAGGUACUGAUAUUGUCACUGUUCGUGCUUUUGAUGACGACAGAACGUCGCCUUACAACAAUGUAUCUUAUCUGAUAAAUACCAAUUAUCCUGCUUUACUGCAAUAUUUCAGUAUGCAAAAAUACACUGGUUUACUUCAGGUCAGUUUGUCUGAAGGAUAUAUACUCGAUAGAGAUUUUGGUGAUGAGUCAUAUACUGUGCAUUUGAUAAUUCGUGAUAAUUACCUAGUGGACGGUAUUACUUGGAAUACCAAUAGUAAUACUACAAUCGUCACGGUAAUUCUUGAAGAUAUUAAUGAUCAAGUACCAACACUGCCUGAACUGAAUGACCCUGCCGCUAGCGUCAGUGAAAAUACUGCAAACGGUACACAUAUCCUGACUGUGGUGGCUACGGAUGCUGAUAAACCGGAUACAAAUAAUACUAGAGUAUUUUACGAGAUACUUAGUGUCACUGCUGUUAAUGAUACCGGGAUCGAAAUUGGAGAUGAUUGCAAUGAACUUUUCAGAGUGGAAACUUAUAAUCAGACAGAUGCAUUGGUUUACGCUAAUUGUGAUCUAAAAGGAUAUUAUGGCACUUGGUCGUUGGAGCUGUAUGUACAAGAUCUUGGAGAUGAUCCUGGACCACUUAAUGAUACUAAAACUUACAAUAUACAAAUCACAGAUUAUAAUUACAAUGAUCCUGUCAUUGUCUUCCCAAGUGCUAGCAAGAGUAUUCGACUCAGUCAAACUCAAACACUCAACUCUCAAUUGUAUUUGUACAAUCACCAGUUACUCAGUGAUUUCACAGCUACGGAUGAAGACAAUGGUGACAGUGGUGUCGUUACCUUCUCUAUUUCCGGAAAUUCAGAUGCUCUGGAAUAUUUUACUAUUGUUUCGGUCAGCGAGAAUACAGCCCAGCUUCAGCUUAAUGCAUUGCCCGACUUUAGCGUUCAGUAUAUCUAUGAGAUAGUCAUAACUGCUACUGAUGGUGGAAGUCCACCAAGAAGCGUCUCGCAAACUCAACGAAUACUUUUCAUCUCUGCGAAUGGACCAGAAUUCACAAAUGCAACUUGGACUGCCUGGUUCCGUGAAAAUAAUACAGGACUUGAUGACUGGGCAAUCAUACCAGAAGCUCAUUAUAUGCUGAAUGAAGGCGCCGAUGAAGAAGAUUUUGUUAACAUUUAUUAUUUCUUCACCAGUGAAGAUGGUGACAUGUCGUAUUUCAACUUGGAUAAAGAUACAAGAAACUUGACGUUGAAAAAAGUGUUGAAUCGCGAAGAACAAGAAACUUUAUCACUUUAUGUCGUUCCCACUAUUGAUAGCGAAGGACCACCUGAAGAUCCACGCAACGAAGCUAUUUUAAAUAUAACUAUCAUAGUUGUUGAUGUCAAUGAUAAUCCACCAGUAUUUGAUAGUAGCCAUUACCAUGGUGGAGUAACGACUGAGGAUGUAAUUGGAAAAAUUAUUUUGACAGUUUCCGCAACUGAUGCGGAUCUCAAUGAUACUUUAACAUACAGUAUAGUGAGUAGUAGCUUGUCUCAUUCCGAUUCGUCAUUAUCCAGCGUAUCAAAUCCAUUCUCAAUUGAUGCCUCAUCAGGGGAUUUACUAUUGCAAUUCAGACCACUAUCAUCGAUGACAGGAUAUUUUGAUUUCAACAUAUUAGUACAAGACGAAGUUUAUCACGAAGAUACAACAAAUGUCAAAGUGUACAUAGUAUCAGAAAGCGUUCGUGUUGUUUUCACAUUCGGAAAUAAUAUAACGCAUGUAUCAGAGGAAAAAGCAUUCAUCAUCAGUUCAUUCACUGACACUUUUGGAUUUAUAUGUAAUAUCGAUUACAUUGACAGCUACGUUGAUAGCAACGGCUUGACAGUGGAUAACAUUACAACGGUUACGACGCAUUUUAUAAAUGAAGAAGAUAACUUGCCAGUUCUAUCAGACCUUAUCAUAGUAGCAUCGAGUGAUGUACAGACUAUAACGGAUCUUAAAGUAAUUCUCUUAAGCAGAUCAUUAUACCUUAUUGACGUUCCAACCGGUUCUAAUACUUCGUCAACAAAUACUCAGCAAGUGAUUCAAUGGGUCCUGAUAUGCUUGACUAUAUUCUUUUUCGUAUGUAGUAUCGCUUUGCUUGUAGCAUAUAUUGUGAGGACAAGGAGAUUAAUCGAGAGACUCGAUAAAUUAGCUGUCAUUAAGUUUGGCUCGCAAGAUUCCGGACUUAACCGUAUCGGCGUUGUGCCGACGACCAAUAAAUUUGCACUUGAAGGAUCGAAUCCUAUGUGGAAUAAUAAAGCCGAAGUGCCAGGAGACAACGUGAGUCAUGGAAGUGGCGAUUCUGAUAUGAUUGGUGUUGAGAAUAAUCCUCAUUUUUCAUAUGGUAAUGGUGGUUACGUUCCGGAUGAUCCGUGGGAAAGCGAGAGAAGGGAGAGUUUUAAUCCCGUGAUGGCGUCAGUUGACGGACUUCAAAAACCUGUUACAAUGGGAAAGACCAUCGAGGAGAAGAGCGAUUUUCAUAAUAAUAAAAUCGUGUAUACGACGGAAUUAUGAUAUUUUAUUAUUUCAUAAUAGAACAACAAAUCAACGAAGAAAGUCGCUUGUAUAGCAUUAACAAUAAUAGGUUACUUAGAAGUGCAUAAUGCAUAAAACGAAUGUAUAAACCGAAGAACGAAGAACGAAAUUAGAAUAAGUAUUUAUGUAAAUAUUAAUGAACUUUCGUAAAUAUCAUACUUUCGUAAAAAGAAAUAUAUUAAAAACAAAAUUUUUAUUGAUAUUAAUGAUAAUUUCCAAGUCUAUAAGUAGAGCCAUCAUUAAAUUCUCACACAUCAAUCACUCUAUCAAAUAAUUAACCCUUUUGCACUAUAUGCAGAAGAUGUCGCAAAAACGCGCACAAUAGAUGGCAAUAAUGAUCUCUAUUAAAUUACGACUAGAGAGAUCUAUCGUCUCUUUUUGCACAUUUCCCAUUCUCAUCACAUGACUGUGCAUGUAAAAAUGGAAUGUGUUAUUAUAUUUACCAAAAUCACAUAGAAGUAAUUGAAACUGUACCUGUCUACCUGAAGCUUAUAACAAAUUGGCCAAUCUUUUGGUUGUUAUGCACGAACCGCAAUGGAUGCCUAAUUUUACCUUUUCUGGUGCCUUCACAGCGAACGUGAUGUGCCCUGCUAUGAGUGAGUGAAUGUUACAGCAAUUUAUUUAAAAUUGGACUAUGCUAAUCUUUAAGAAAACACUAAUACACACUUGCGGGAAAAGGAUUCUGAUUCUGAUAAUGUAAAAUAAGUAUCGCCACUGAAUAAAAUAUCUAUAAGA